GCGCGUCCGUGGAUCUUUCAGUUCAUUUUAUUCGUUAGCGAAGAAACAACUGAUUCGUCUAAAACUUUUUCGAAAUUUUCUCUUUCAGAAUAUGUGUUAAAUUUUACCCAGAAUAGAAGUAGCCCAAAAUCGCUAGUAAUUUCAAUCGGAAGAAAAGUGAAAAAAAAAUAUUUCAGAUAUUAUUAACUUCUAUUCGGUUUUGGCGGAAUCGUUUACUGAAUUUGAGACGAAAUGGCUGAGAACACAGAGUACACGGAUGAGGGCGGUGAGUACGAGGACGAUGAGAACCAGUACGUAGGGGAGUUCCAUAUGAUGGAGGAGGGGCCCGAUGAGGACCUCUUCUCCAAACUGGGCGAGUCUUCUGACGAUCCCGAGCAGAAGCGCAUGUACAUGGAGUACCUGGCACUGAUCAAGGAGAUUGAUUGCCAGAACAAGAUCAUCCAGGACAUCAAGGGAAACAUCAUGGACAUGUGCGCCAAACCUUGCAAGACGCGAAAUGAGCUGAGGGAGAUCAAGCGACUGAGAAUCUGCAUGGAACAGGAGAACAUAAAGCUGCACACCAUGAUGAACAGGGCGGUGCAACUGCAGAAUUUUGGCUCCCAUCGGCAUUACAAGGAGCUCCCCAUGACCACCACCGUGGACGAGGACAACCUGUCGCCGUACAUGUGCGGCAUAGGAGCUUGUCCUCCGGGUGGCAGUGCCACAGAUCCCUGUAGUGAGGAUGCCAGCUCCGCUGCCAGUGUUUGUGGUGGUGGAGGAGGAGGAGGUCAACGGGAUAUGGCUGGUCAGGACGACAAGCUGAUCUGUGCCCUUCAAAAAGCAAUGCAGAAGAUGAAGGGUGCCUGUCCGGAGGACAAGAAGAUGAUAGAGGAAAUCGCCUGUGCCAUCAUGAGCUGCAAGAAGCAGCCUGUUUGCGUUCCCGGACCUUGUCCGAAGCCCUGUCCACCCCCGUGUCCGCCACCCUGUCAGGGUCCGUGUCCACCCCCAUGCCCAGAGAGCAGCAGCAGUAGCAUAACUCCUUGUCAUCCAUGUCCCGCAAAAAGAAGGCAGCGAAACCCCCCAUGCCCUGUUCCAUGCCCCCCCGCAAAGUGUGAGUCUUUGGAAAAGCUGAAGCGUCGCAUUCAAAGCAUGCAGUCAUCGGUGAAGAAGUUACUCCAGGAAGUAAGCAACAGGGAUGGUCCGGAACCAUGUGAUGGCGACGAUGAUGAUGAGGAAGAGGAGGAGGGUCCGUGCUCCAGGCCUUGCCCUCCCAGGCCGCCGUGUCCAGAAGAUCCCGAUCCGCUGGUCAUCUGUGGCGGAAAGCGAAACACGAAGGCCGACAAGUACGAAAAGAUGAAAGAGAACUACACCAGGCUACUAACCGAGUUCCAGCGCAAGGACUGCCAGAUGAAAGAGAUGCAGAAGCGGAUGAAGGGCAUCUGCGGUCCCUGUCCAUCAAAGGGAGGCGAUGGGGAUGCUGAUGCAGCCGAACUUAAUCUUCUUCGUUCCCGGGUCAACGAACUCAAAGAGGAGCAGCUGGAGUUUAAGUGCAUAAUGAAGGAGCAGUCGCAGCAACUGGAGGAUUACCGCAACAAGUACCUUCUGGCCCAACAGAAGGUCGAGGAGCAGUGUGUCUCUUUGGAGAAGCUGAACAUGAACAACAAACGCAUUGAACAGCAGAUCAAUACUGAGGUCAAGGAAAUCCGAGCCAAGUUCCAGGAGAAACUAAACGAGUUGCUGCACUUCCCCAAGCUUCUGGAGAACGAGCAACUAAAGUUGGCCCAGGUUUGCAAGGAGAAGGACGAGAUGCAGACGAAACUGGUGGUCGUUUGCAAGGAGCUGAAGGCCAGCAAGGCCCAAUUAGAAAGUACGCCUAACAUCGAUGUGCGACCACAGCUGGCGCAGUGCCAAAUGGAAUUGUCCCAGGCCAGGAACGAACUGGAGGAGCUCCUCAGACAACGAGAUCUCUUCUGUGAACAGCUGAAGUCCACCCAAGACGAUCUGGACACCCUGCGUACCGAAUCGGCCAAGAUUAUUGCCGGUACCAAAGAACGGGCCGAGCUAAUCAAGUCCCAACAACAAGAGCAGAUCAAUCGGCUGGAAAAGGAGUUGGCCCAAUGCCGAGCUACUGCCUCACUGUCCGUCAACGACCGGGAGGCUGUGAUCAGAGAGAUGCAGGGUCAACUCAACACCCUUUCAUACAGCUUUGAUGCAGCCCAGAAACAGAUCAAAACUCUACGCAAUCAUAUCGCAUAUGUAUCCAACGAGAACUGCUUCCCUGUCAAAUGUUAAUUCGAAAAAGCCCUAAAUCCCGCAUACCGACGUGCCUGUGAAAAGAUGUUUGUUCGUCAACCAUUCGCAAAGCUCAUCAUUUAAAUCAAUUUGUAACGCAAAUCCCAGUCUAAUAAAUACUUAAGAAUUCUUUCGGACAAAGAAA